CACUUAAUUAUUAAUUAAUAAUUAUUAUUAUUAUUAUUGUGAUUAUAGUUUUAAAUUUAAUUAGUGAUAUUUAUUUCAAAUGUGAGUAUUGCAAAGCUGCUGAGCGUAAUUUUUAAUUGCUUUUUGUACUAUUUACUCACAGCAAUAGUAACAAUAACAAUAAUUGUCCUGUUCUGAACAAAAUAGUGCAUAUCUAUUAAUAAUGCAUCACGAGUGUAUUGAAAUUGUUGACAGUAAGACGGCUGUGUAAUUAAAUUACACACUUUUGACAGCUGUAAUUUUUUAACUCCAAUUAUUGUAAAUAUAAUACUACCUAACACAAUUGUAACAAUAAUUUAAUGAUUUAAAAUAUUUAAAGUGACUGUUAGUUUAAUUGAGUUUUGCUAAAAUUCACUGCUUUAAUUUAAUAAAAUAAAUAAAAAUGUUGAAUCGAUUUAAAUCGGCGUUGAUGAAUGCUGUCGGUGGGACUGAACUUGGUUUACAGUAUCAUCAUGAUUCGGAUGGUGAAAUAUCCAAAGAUAAUGUUAAUUCAAGUGUUGUGGAAAUUGAAGCUAAACCUUACAGCAGGCCUAGUUUUUUAGGAUUGACCACCGAAGAGACUCAGGUGAGUGCUGACCAUAAAGUAAGACCCAUCAUAGUACCCAGAGACUUGAGCCGCCUGCCAUGGUGUGCUGGGUACGCAGAGUGUAUAAACGCUGGCAAGAGCAUGUGGAACGAAGACCAAGCAGCUGCUACAAGAGGCGACUUAGUUUUACCUGAUACCGAUUUUAACGAUAUUACAUUGCCUUAUGUAAUGUUCUCGAUGUUUGAUGGACAUGCUGGUUAUCAGGUGGCUUUAACAGCUAGAUUACAUCUUCAUAGAAUUAUUCUUAAUAAAUUACAAGCGAUACCAGGUAACAUUCUAAUGAAUAAAAAUGAAGACAGUACAAUAACAGGACAACAGCUAGUUGUUGGUGCAAUUGAAAUGGCUUACAGAGAAAUGGAUCAAUUAGUUGAAUAUCUAGCUCUUAACGGCGGGGGUGGCUGUACUGCAAUUACUGUAUUAUUUUUAAACGGCGUACUUUACGCAGCUGGUGCUGGAGAUUCAAGAGCAGUAUUGGUGUACGGAGAUGACCAACGAGCAUUGACAAAUGACCACACACCCGACUCAGAAUCCAACCGAGUAAGAGCCUUAGGAUUUUUGAAAAGUACCGAGUUGCUUAAAGGACACUUUACACCUCUAGAGUUUAAAAAACGUCCUUUAGAACGGGAGCUCGGUACUAUGGUGCUGUACAGAGAGCCGUUCAUGACCGGGUGGGCUUAUAAAAGUUUAACCACCUCAGAUUUGAGAUUACCAUUAGUCUCUGGGCACGGAAAGCGAAGCAGAGUAAUGGGGACUAUUGGAGUAACGAGAGGUUUUGGAGAUCACGGCCUAAAAGCAGCAAACACCGGAGUUAGUAUUAAGCCUUUUCUCUCGUCACAGCCGGAAGUACAGUACUUUCAAUUAGAGGAUUAUCAAUUAACUGAACGAGAUUGUAUUAUUAUUGCUACUGACGGGUUAUGGGACGUUGUGUCUGAUAAAGAUGCUGGAAAUAUUUUUAGAAAAAUUCUUGCUCCUGACACACCGUCUUUGGAGUAUAGAUUGACAAUGGCAGCACAAGAGCUAGUACAAGCAGCUCGAGGAAGAUUAAUCGGUAGAAUGUGGAAAAGCAAGCCCGAUAAAGAAAAAGAUAAAACUGAAAAAGACGAGGACAUUGACGAAAGGUAUUGGCCUAUGGCGUCAGUUGACGACAUCAGUGUAAUGGUAAUUCCACUGUAUCCGUAUUUAUGCGAGCACAGACAGUGGAAGAAAACCGCUCAACAGGAACGACGAUUUUCUAUGGAUAAUUCAGUAGUUACAUCACCCACUCUUUCUAAUUAAAUAAAUUGUUAUUGAUAAUAGUUUAACUAUGAUCAUCAUUUUUUAUUAUUAAAUACAUAAAUUUAAUAGUAUUUUCGAUAAUCUUAAAAUCGUAUAAAUUUAUAAAUUUUUUUUAUUUUAAUAUCAUUGCUGAUUUAUUAUUUCAACUUAACAGCUUUAGUGUUGUAAAGCUUUAAAAGCCAAUCACUCUACUUAACGCAAUUUAUAUUUAUUAGACAUUCCAUUUAUCAG